AUUAUCUCGAGCAGUCUGACCGAUAAACAACAUUGAUCUAGAUGUGUCUCAAAUAUAAAUUAUAUAGUAAUAGUAAAUUGUAAAUAUAAUACAAUGUGAGCGUUCCUAAUUUAAAUUAAAAUAACUAUGAUUUAUUUUUUCUUUUAGUGCUUAAAAAUUAUAGCGAAAUUUUUCGAAUAUGUUGUGGCCAGUCUGUUUAGUUUUACUCGGCAUAUAUGCGUUGUUUUGUUGGAGAAAUAGGGAAUUCAACAAAAUUGCAAAACGACUUCCAAGCAAUUUGAAAAGGGUCCCGAUUUUAGAACACUCUAUUAAUUUCAUGGGAAAUGCUAAAGAUCGUAUGAGAGGAUUAAAGUUAGUAGGAGAAGAUGCAAUCAAGAACAAAGAAGGAAUGGUCAGUUUAUGGUUGGCACAUAAAUUUUUUGUUAUAAUUGCAGAUCCCGAUUCCGCUGAAGUGGUUUCGAAAAUGUGUCUAGAGAAAGACGACUUGAUGAAAUUUAUUUCUGUGCUAAUCGGCAACGGAAGCAUUUUCGCACCAGUUAAAAUAUGGCGUCCUCGACGAAAAAUACUAGCUCCAAACUUUGGAACGAAAACCCUAAAUAGUUUUGUGAAGAUUUUUUCCAAUCAAGCUGCAAUUUUGACUGAACAACUUAAAUGCGCAGUUGGAAAUGGUAAUGUUUCUCUAUUCGAAAAAGUUACCAAGUAUUCUAUGGAUUCCGUUUGUGAAACAGCACUUGGGAUAAAAGUGAACUCGCAAAGUAUUCCGAACCACCCGAUCCCAGAAGCAUUCUACCAAUUUUGUAACAAAGUCUCUUACCGAUUGGUAAAACCUUGGCUUUACUACGACCUAAUUUACAAAUUCCAUUGGCAUUGCAAACAAGUUCAGAUGGCAUCUAACCUCAUACAACAAUACGUAUCAAAGAUUAUUAAAUCAAAGCGACUUAGUAUGAAAGAACAGAAAACGACAAUAACGGAAAACAAAUCUGAAUGUAGUUCAAAUUCAGAUCAAGACUCAGCUAAACCCAAGAGUUUCCUAGAAAUUCUAAUAGAAUCAGGUGGAGAUAAGGGUUUCACCGAUCUAGAGCUGCAAGAAGAGACUCUAGUGAUGUUAUUAGCAGGCACUGACACUUCUUCUGUAGCAGUCUCGUUCACAGCACUGAUGUUAGCAAAACAUCCGGAUGUACAGGACAAAGUGUAUCAAGAAAUUGAAGAAGUAAUCGGAAAUACAGAAAGAAGUAUUGAAUCAAAUGAUUUGCCGAAACUGAAAUAUUUAGAAGCAGUUGUAAAGGAGUCCCUAAGGUUAUAUCCACCAGUGCCGGUGGUUGUCAGGAAAGUAGACAAAAAUAUUACUUUACCGUCAGGAAUUAUCCUAACUAAAGGCGUAUGCGCCCUGAUUCAUAUUUGGGCUAUCCACAGGAACCCAAAAUAUUGGGGUCUCGAUGCAAAUCAGUUUAAACCUGAUAGGUUUCUAGAGGGCCCGUUGUCACAACCAUUGGCUUUUAUGCCUUUCAGCAGUGGACCGAGAAUGUGUUUAGGUUAUCAAUUCGCCAUGAUGUCAAUCAAAACCGUCAUGGCGCACCUUUUAAGACGAUACAGAAUCUUAUCAGCAAAGAUGACAAACGGUGUCAACGACAAUAUGGAGUUUGAUGACGAUGAUCUACCCGUAACCUUUGAAAUCAUGAUGAAACAUGCCGGAAAUUUUGAAUUACAAUUGGAAUUAAGGAAUUUGUUAUUGCAAAUAUGUUUGCUUUUGGUUGGGACAUGUGCAAUAUAUAUUUACCGAAAAAAUAGAGCAAAUAAAUUUCAUGAAAUUUAUAAACAAUGUCCAACCAAAGCUAGACGAGUACCGAUCUUGGAACAUGCUGUCAAUUUCAUGGGUAGUGCUGAAGAUCGCAUGAAAUCGUUUCAGAAAAUGGGACAGGAGGCAAUUUAUGACUACAAAGGCAAUGUCUCUUUUUGGAUUGGACCCAAGUUUUUUGUUAUGAUAGGAGAUGGCGUGGACGCAGACAUGAUUGCGAAAACAUUCCUGGAGAAGGGUGAUUUGAUGAAAUUAUCCAAAAGAUUAAUAGGCAGCGGCAGUCUUUUUUCACCAGCUGCAAUUUGGCGUCCACGUCGACGAGCUAUAGCUCCAAACUUCGGAUUGAAAACGCUCAAUAGUUAUGUAAAAAUAUUUUCUCGACAGUCCCAAAUUUUGGUAGAGCAACUAGAAAAAGCAAUAGGAAACGGUGAUUUUUCUAUAUUUGAAAAAGUUACCAAGUAUUCUAUAGACACUCUUUGUGAGACAGCAUUUGGUGUAGAAAUGAAGACCCAGAGUAUACCAAAGCAUCCAGCGAUUCAUGCUUUCUACCGUUUUUGUGACGUCGCAAUUAGACGUAUACUGACACCUUGGCUCCAUCCGGAUUUCAUUUACCGAUGGCACAAGGACUACCCGGAUUUUGAGUCAAAUGCUAAUAUCUUACAAGAAUAUGUUGGACAGAUUGUCAAAGCAAAGCGACAAGAUAUAAAUGAGCGGAAACAAAAUAACGAAAUUCAGGAGCAAGACGAGACUACAGUUAAAAGUUUGCUGGAGAAUUUGAUCGAAACAGGAGAAAAUAAAGGUUUUAAUGAUACAGUGCUACAAGAAGAAAUUUUAGUAGUAAUGUUAGCUGGCACUGAUACUUCUUCAGCAAGUAUUUCAUUCAUAAUGCUUUUGUUAGCAAAACAUCCGGAUAUUCAAGAGAAAGUUUAUCAAGAGAUCAAAGAUGUCAUUGGAACAAAAUCACACGUCGAAGCAAGUGAUUUACCGAAACUGAAGUAUUUAGAAGCAGUUAUAAAAGAGGGACUGAGAUUAUAUCCAACAGUACCAAUAAUUGCUAGGAAUGUGGACAGAGACAUCACUUUGCCUUCCUCCGGAAUGAAACUGGUGAGCGGAGUUGGCGCUAUGUUAAAUAUUUGGGCUAUCCAUAGGAAUCCUAGGCACUGGGGUCCUGAUGUCAAACAGUUCAGACCUGAAAGAUUCCUUGAAGGAUUAGAGUACCCUGCUGCCUUUUUCCCCUUCAGCACUGGGCCCAGGAAUUGUAUAGGCUAUCAAUACGGUGUGAUGUCAAUGAAAACUGUCAUGGCUACUAUGUUGAGACGGUAUAAGGUUAUACCAGCAACUGGUGUGACCAUAGACCAUUUGGGUGAUGAUGACAUACCUUUAAUAAUUGAAGUCACGUUGAAGCAUAAAGACGAUUUUAUGAUUCAGUUGGAACAUAGGAAAUAACUCGGUUUUUCUACAAGUUUACUGUCUGCUGCGUGAAAUUUAUCGGCGGAUUCGUCAAUUUUUGUACAUACCUAAAUUUUAAUUAAAUAAAUAAAUCGAGUGUACCACGGUUUCUGUUUGUGAGCAUUUAAAAAAAGUUGACAUAUAUUUUUACAUGACUGUCCAUAAAGAAUGAUAUGUUUGCAGGGUUAUGUUUGUAUGUAUGUGAGUUUCUUUAUUCCAUUGUAAAUGCCUCAUCAGAUAAUGAUGUAGGAGAUAUCAUUAGAUUUUUUACAUUACUUCUGGUAACAUAGGACAUGACUUCAUUACAAAAUCAAUAUGAUGGCAUACUGAAAAAUAUUUUUUGUCCAAUAUAUCAUGGUGAUUAAAUGCAAAAUUCACCAAUGGUGAAUUUUUAUGUUUCACUGUAGGUACAUUUUAAUGAAAGUUCAUUAAAUUAUACUAGUUAUAAUGUACUAGGAAACUGAGGACGAUAGUCGUGUUUUUAGGUUUUGCAAAACUGCUGCUCAUUCUAUAUUUGUAAAUGUUCAUAUUUUAAACGAAACUUAAAUAAAAUUACAUAAUAAUGAAAUUCAAA